GUUCCAUACGUUUGUUUAUUAUUAUUUUUUAUAUAUAUAAAAAUGGCACCACCUUAUAAUGUUGUUUCAGCGUACCAAACCUCUUUAAAUGAUACUGAAAUCUCUACGCCCGUAGCCAUUUUCAAGGCCUUGACUGAUUUUGUUCAACACAGUACCGGUAAAGAGCACAUGAGCACAAGCGAAAGUACAGGAACUAAAUUCAUUAGCGAAACAAACAAAAAAAAAUCAAAUAAAAAGCACCCACCAUGUCCGAGUUUAUGCAAACCUUGGAAAAAGCUGCCAAAUCCAUUCGUGAGGAACCUCAAACACAAGGCGACAACCAACACAAGGCUUCCAUCGCCAUUCUUGCCGGUGUUGAUUUAUUUAUGAGAUUCGUCACCCGUAACUCUCAUGAUUUCUCGCUCUCGGAAGAGGCAGGUAGUUUUGAAGACUUCAAGGAAAAUUUAUUAUCCAGAGCUGCCUUGAUUUUGGGCAAGGCUGCUUCUGCCCGUGAAAAGGCGGCUGCUAUCGGUGCCCAAUUCAUCAAUGACAAUGCUGUAGUUUUAGUACAAGGUUACUCGCGUGUCAUUAUGAGCGUCUUGUAUCAUGCUGCCAAUGUACAACAUAAACGAUUCAAGGUGUAUGUGACUGAAGGCCGCCCUAACAGCGACGGUAUCCAAGCAGUGGCUGCGUUGAGAAAGGCAGGCAUCCCUUGUAGAGCAGUGUUGGAUUCAGCCGUAGGAUACAUCAUGGACAAGGUAGAUAUGGUGUUUGUUGGUGCAGAGGGAGUUGUUGAAAAUGGAGGUAUUGUGAACAAGAUUGGUACAUUUCAAAUUGCGUUGGUAGCCAAAGCCUUGAGUAAACCUGUAUAUGCGGUUGCCGAGAGUUAUAAGUUUGUGCGUGUGUAUCCUUUAAAUCAAUACGAUAUUCCCUCAGAGACACCAGAGAUUGUGACAUUCACCUCCAAGCGAGACAAGUCAUUUACGACCACGUCAGAAGCAGAGACUAUGGAAGAAUUAGCCCUGUCAAACCCUUCUGUGGAUUAUACACCUCCUCAAUACAUUACUUUACUCUUGACCGAUUUAGGUGUCUUGACUCCCUCUGGAGUCUCUGACGAAUUAAUUAAACUCUACGUCUAAAAAGAAAAAAUGCAAAGAGGUGCAUUCAAAUAGUACCAAUAGAAACACGCGCGUUUUUUUUUUUUUCAUGUGUGGGUUCUAUAAAUAAAUUUUUGCUCUCUUUUUUUUUAUAGCUCA